AUGAGUCCUCCUAUCUUUGCUUCGCUGAGGAAGCACCGAAUCCUGAAUAGAGGCCGUUCGGUAGAAACCCACAGGACGAAAAAGAGCUCAAGAGCAUCCUCGGUGGAAACAUUCGAAACUAGAAUCAGGAUCCCGAGUCCGAGGUCGACGGACAUGGUGGAGCGCCCAACGUCGCCGCAUGCCGAGCAGGCUGGACGCGAGCCUUUAGUUGAGGACUUUCAAACCGUACAACCCCUGUCGCCCGGCAAAAAGCAUCCCGCACGUCUCCCUAUACCCAUUCGAGUAUCUGCACCUAAUGGACAUCUUCCGAGCUCGCCCACCUUCGACCAAGCCUAUUCGGACGACAGUGAUGACUGCGUGGCCCCACCAGACAUCUCUAGACGUCUAAGCACUUCACGCCCAAGAACGUCUGAUGUGCCAAGGGUCAAUCCUCUGCUGUCGCCUGCACAACCACCCACCAUCUUGACCCAUCACCGCAGCGCAUCCAAGCCGCAACACAAUCCUAGAGAUUCGGGAUCGUACAUUGGAACAUCUCACCCAAAUACCCCCGAUCGCAUGUCUGUGGACAUGGACUAUGUUCAAAAGAACCAAAAGAGAUAUUCACUCGAAUCGGCCGCGCCAUCACGAGCGCCUUCGAAAGCUCCUUCAAUCGCACCGUCAGUAUUUACUCUACCUCCUCUCCAGACUUCAGGGCCCUUGGAUGAUGAGGUAGACCGCUUGCAGCCUUUGUUAGAAGAUGACCCAGCAAAUUUCGACCUCGUGGCGGCACCGCCAGAAGAGAUCAACGGCACAUAUCGAUUAGACGAGCACGCUGAACAACUUCUCUCACGAGAACAUCUGGAAGCAAUCUUCGCAGAUCGCAAGACUCUGCUAAGGUUUACUGGCUUUCUCAACAGCCAUCGUCCUCAAAGCAUCCCAAUUCUCGUCUUUUACAUGGAUGCUCUGAAAGCUCUGCGAGCCAUCAAGUAUGCAAACGCUGUGUCAAGAGCAUUGAAUCCUGUUUCCGGACUUGACUUCACUUCCACGUCGCCUCAAACUACGCAGAAUGAUGAGCUGCAGAAAAAAGCCGAUCAGGCCUUUAACCUGCUGGUUCGAGAAGACCUGCCGGCAUAUGUCACAUGGACGUGGAUCUCAAUUGUGAGCACGAGCAUUCAAAGAAGAGUAACAGGGACUCUAGCCCCUCAUUUGAGGGAAGCGUCUGAAGGAUUGGCCGAAGUAUUUUGCUUGACAGAUCCGUUCCGGAAGGACAACCCAAUCGUGUUCGCCUCGGAAGAGUUUGCCCGCACGACACAAUAUGGAAUGGGCUACUCGAUCGGUCGCAAUUGUCGCUUCCUGCAAGGACCGAGGACAAAUCCACACUCGGUACGUCGUUUGGCAGAAGCGUGCAAAGUGCCCAUAGAACAUAGCGAGAUCUUUGUCAACUAUCGACGCGACGGCAGUCCUUUCAUCAACCUACUUAUGACAGCACCACUCUAUGACUCGAAGGGCACAUUGAGGUACUUUAUCGGGGCUCAAGUCGACGUAUCCGGUUUGCUGAAGGAGAUGACUGGUAUGGAAGCACUCAAAAAGAUGAUGAACCGCGACGAGGAUGAAGACGGCCAACAGAAUCAGAACGACGAGUUCCAGAGUCUGAGCGAGAUGUUCAAUACUACCGAGUUGGAAACCGUAAGGCAAUGCGGAGGCCGUAUACAUCGCGCCCAAGUCGAUGACGAGCGAGACAAUGGCGUCCAAUCCAGGCCGCGACUCCUGAUAACAGAAGAGUCCGACGAGAACAUCGAUCAAUCGAAGGAACUGCCCAACAACCCAGUUCCUGGUCCCAAUGGAGUGCAACGCAUACCUGAGAACGGAAAGCUGGCAGGCGUGUAUGAACACUAUCUGCUUGUUCGACCAGCACCAUCCCUACGCAUCUUGUUCACCUCGCCAUCCCUACGCGUACCAGGAAUCUUGCAAAGCCCCUUCCUGUCCCGCAUCGGCGGUUCGCCUCGCGUGCGCUCAGAACUCGCACAAGCAUUCGGCGAGGGUCGCGGCGUGACAGCAAAGAUCCGCUGGUUGACGCGCAUAGAGGAAGAUGGUGAAGACGAGGGCCGCAGUCGCUGGAUCCAUUGCACGCCCCUUCUCGGCCAUGGUGGCGCAGUAGGUGUCUGGAUGGUGGUUCUUGUCGACGAAGAGGGCAGUCAGAGUAAGCGGCGAUUCAGGCCCGCUCCACCUGUGAGCCAGAUCAUCGGAGGGAAGGAGUUUAACCCAAAGGCUAUGAAAGAGAAGGAGGAAAGAGAGCGGGCUAGAAUCGACAUGAUUGUCGAUGGCGAUGGAGAGCGGGCUGGCAGUAGUUCUGCCGGUCGAUCAGGACUCGCGAGGGAUAUGAGUGUGUAUAGUGGUGUAGGGAAUGUUGACGAGACUGAUGAUUCUUUCCAGAUCCGAUGA